AAAAAACGUUAAAUCAAUUCAAACUAAACCUUCUCUCUCUCUCUCUCUCUCUUUCGCUCAUCAUCAUUUUAUCUGAUGAAUACGCCCAAUUGAAAUCCUUUCCUUAUCAACUCAAAUUGAGUUUUCAAAAUUAUUCAAUUUUCGGAUCUCCGUAAAUUUGCUCGGCGGAGGAAGGAUGGCUCAGUUGGCGGCGGGGAUGAGCGGGCGGGUAAUCGGGGAUUACGCGGUGGGAAGACAAAUCGGGUCGGGUUCGUUUUCGGUGGUGUGGGAAGGGAGGCAUCUUGUAGAUGGAACCGUGGUUGCAAUCAAGGAGAUCGCCAUGGCUAGGCUUAGUAAGAAGUUGCAAGAUAGUCUCAUGUCGGAGAUUUUCAUCUUGAGGAAGAUCAAUCACCCCAACAUCAUCCGCUUCAUCGACAUGAUCGAGGCUCCCGGGAAAAUAAAUUUGGUGUUGGAGUACUGCAAAGGGGGUGAUCUUUCUAUGUUUAUUCAGCGUCAUGGAAAGAUCCCUGAUGCUACUGCUAAGCAUUUUAUGCAGCAGUUAGCUGCUGGUUUGCAAGUUCUUCGUGACAAUAAUAUCAUUCACCGAGAUUUAAAGCCUCAGAAUCUUCUUCUAUCCACAGAUGAUAACGAUGCAGCUCUGAAGAUUGCUGAUUUUGGAUUUGCAAGAUCGUUGCAGCCAAGGGGUUUGGCAGAAACUUUGUGUGGUUCCCCAUUGUAUAUGGCCCCAGAGAUUAUGCAGCUUCAGAAGUAUGAUGCAAAGGCAGAUCUCUGGAGUGUUGGUGCUAUAUUAUUUCAACUUGUGACAGGAAGGACCCCUUUUACAGGAAACAGCCAAGUUCAGUUGUUCCAGAACAUUAUGAGAUCAACUGAAUUGCAGUUUCCAGUAGACUGUAGAGAUUUGACUACUGACUGUAAAGAUCUAUGUCAGAAAUUGCUGCGCCGUAAUCCAGUGGAACGUUUGACGUUUGAAGAGUUCUUUCAUCACCCUUUUCUUUCAGACAGACAAUCAUAUGAUGUGCCAAGGAGUAGAUCAGGUUCAAGAACGAUGGAUGGUUUUCAUUCAUCAGGAAGCAGUCCCUCAGGAAAAAUGGAAGAAGUUUCUCAUGAUGACUCUUUGCCGUUCUUUUUAGAUGAUGAUUCUAGUGAACCUGAGGGAAGCCCUUCAUAUAUUAAACAUACUUCUCCGAUGAAGUCAUCUUAUGGAUUUAGUGUUGAGAGAAGGGAAGCAGCAGCAUCUAGUCCUUUGAAAAACAUGGAACUUAAUUCCAGAUAUAGUAGAGUUAGUCAUAGAGCAGAUACCAAUAACUUCAAGUUCGAAAGCCAUAGAUUAAUAGAUAGAAACCAAUUCAAACCGUCAAGCUUGCCUGAUUCCAGAUCACUUAGUACUCAAGGAAGAGUAGGGGAUACGCCAGAUUCAAUAGAUCAAGAUUAUGUUCUGAUAUCUGGACCAUCAGUGGAUAUACCAUCAUCUUCAUCUGGCUCUCCGAAGCUUUUCAAUUACCCGUUCAAAUCACAUUCCCCUCCUGUGGAGUUCAUUAAAAGAAACGUAACGAGUUCAACGGCUCCUAUGCCAAUAGCUGGUGCCACUGGCAGGAACAUUGGUGGUCGGUUUGAAAGCUUGGAGAGCCCAAAUUCUCUCCCGGGUACUUCCCAUGGGUCUCUGAACCUUGUGGAUGCUUUUGAACAGCCAUCAACUCACAGCUUGACAAGAAUCCGGUCUUUGCAAAAGUGUGCAGCAACGAUUGCAGAAUUGGUUCGUGAAAGGAUUGAUUCAGGUAAACAGUUAGAAGCUUUCUCAAUCCAACUGGUGAUUCUUGCGAUUUGGAACCAAGCACUGCACAUCUGCCAUACUCAGGCAGCCUCUGGUGUAGAAGGAAGCCUGCGCCAAGACAGUAACAGAGUAAGAAGAAAUAUUAGCCAAGAAAGAUCAGAGAAAAUAUUGUCUCAGAUUCAGAGAGAGUUUGUCCAGGAGGUUGAGCGUGCUGAAGAUUUUGCCAAGUUUGUUGAAUCUGGCAAUACAAAGAUGCCUGAUGCGAUGGAGAUAAUAUUCCAAGCAGCUCUUACUCUUGGCAUACGUGGAGGAGUAGAUGAGGUGGUGAUGGGAGAGGCAGAGAACGCAGUAACCCUCUACACAAAAGCGGUGCGCUUGCUAGUCUUCCUUGUAGUGGAGGCGCAAACGCUGAUUCUAAAUCCACCUUUAACACUCACAAACUCAGUAAGGUAUCGAAUCAGAACAUAUAUAGAUAACCUCAUAAGCAGACUAAAACACCUACAAUCCCAUAAAAGAACUUCAGGUCCUCAGAAACCAUGAGAGGAGGAGGAACAAACAAAUCAUCCCACAUGUUUUUUUUUUCUUGUUUGUUUUGUUCAGUGCCUGUAAAAGUAACCAUUUGUUUGUACAGCCACAAAAGAAAAAGACCUGAUUCUUAAUUCUUUUGGAUGUUGGUUAAUAUCCAGAGGACUUGUACCAUUCUCUUUGUUGUCACGCUGGUCAAUUGUUUCUAUUGUAUGUUGAGAUA